CGUGACUUCUUUUCCCUCCUUUCUUUCACACAAGCAGAAAAAUUGUGUUAACAGUAGGAAACUGGGAAUGCUUACCAAGAAUUUUAAAGGACAAUAUGUGACGGAUGUAUUGGAUGCCUGAAAUUCUUCCCACCAGGCCAAGGUGGCAUUUUUUAUUCUUAGAGGGAUAAAGUGAGAAGUCAGAGGAGUUACCUGUGUGUGAAGAGGAAAUCAACAAAAGAUGGGAGACUCAGCAGUCAUGCUUCAACACCUAUGGCAGGAAUUAAUAUUUAACUUUACUCCAGUGUUCCCAUGGUGCUCCUGCAGUUAGAGGAAGUGCCACUGGGAUGAGAAAAGCAUUUAAUCUUUAAAGAGAGUUUGACAAUUUUUAAUCUUUAAUCCUCACCAGGACUUAUUAGUUAUUUGAUCAACUAGAAAACUGAGUUGCACCAGAAAAAAAGCUGGAAAAGAACACAUGUAAUUAUACGUUAUUCAGUGUUUCUAAACCAGGCAGGCUUUACAAAGGAAAGCAAGCCUCUUAGGAAGUUUGAGGAGGGCAGGCUGUUUGUUUUAAACUGGCCAUUGAUCCACAUUUUAACACCAUAAAUUUGUGAUCAAAAUGUUUUGGCCAGUGUCCCAUGGAGGAGUUUUGUUCUACUCAGAGAAGUUGGCUUUAGUUUAUAGUAUUUUGAGGAAGUUCUCUUUGGAAGUGUUUUAGAGUGUGUGUGAAGAGGGGAAGGGAAGGAGAAAUAAACUUCUGAGACAGGCACUGGAAAAAUCCAUUGUUCUAGGUAAGCAUCGUUAUGAGUCAGCAGGACCCAAGAAUUGAGACAGUCACUGCAGUCCCAGCUGUUACAUUUCCCUUCUCCAACCCUGAGGACCUCAGUCCCGGAGGGGUGCGAAGUGUGCACAAGGCUGAUUUAUUGAUGGAGCUAUAUUUGAUGCAGUUAUGUUGUUUUUCCCAGCUUCCAGCAUACCUGGAACCUGCCCUGCGAACACUGGCAUGGGAAGCUUCUACAGUCAUGUUUUGUUGGACUUUCUUAUAAAAAAGUGUUCCAGGAACAGUGUUCAAAACUCAAUCCCUAUGCAUGCUUGUGGCUUCUACCCAGAAGUCAAGUAAGGGUAAUAACUACACAAGCUGCAUUAUUCACUGCAGCACCAAUUUCAUCUCUAGGAACAGCUAAAGCUCUUUUCUUUAUCCUCAUAUUAACAUUAACCUCCUGGGUCUGGAGGGUUUGGGUAUCUUUUUCUCUCUCUUUCUCUUGGGUUCCUCAGCAGAUAGUUUUCAGAUGGAUGUGAUUUCAUGAAACAAAUAAUAAUGAAAUAAAGAAAGUUCUUCCUGGGAUGAGAGCAAAAUUUAGGGAGAAGUACACCUGUAGGGGAAAUUCCAGCUAUAUUAAAGAACGUUUCCAGGGGUACAGUGUCUCCUUCUUCCCUAAAAUUACUUCAACAACAUAAUGUAGAAUUACAGUUUAAGACAAUAAUAAAAGUGAACUGAGAGUUCAUGAAAGCUUCAGGAUCUAUAAUUAAGGACAGUGGCCUCACAUUUCUCCAUUAAAAAGGUAUGGAACAGUGAAAGUUAAGAAAAUUCACUGGUAUGUGGUUUCUGGACUGUUUCUGGACUACCAGAUAAAAACAGGCAAAAUCACUGUUCUUCGUACCUGUAGGAGCCCUUCUUAUUAUGAUUUGCAUCCCAUGCCAAGUUCAGCUGCAGCUGAGCCUUGGCCUUCCUGACCCCAUCCCUACAUAGCUGGGCAGCAUCCCUGUACUCUUCCCAGGAGCGUCCCUGCUUCCAUUGCCUGUGCGUUUCUUUCUUGCCCUUUAGUUUGACCACCACAUCUCAACUCUGCCAUGCAGGUCUUUUGCCUUCCUUUCCUGAUUUCUUACACCUGGAGAACGAGGGCUCUCAUGCUCCAUGGAAAGCAUCCUUAAAGAUCUGCCAGCUCUAUUCCAUUCCCUUGUCCCUGAGGAGAGUUUCCCAGGGGGUCCUAUUGACUAACUCCUUGAACAGCUGGAAGUUUGCUUUCCUACUUAAAUUUUAAUAAAGUAUAUAAAGAAUAAAGAAAUCUCACCUUUCGCAUGUGAGCAACUGUGUUGACUUUAAUAAAACUUAAGGAUUAUUUAAAAGGAGCAGGUAUUAGUGCUAAAAUUCAAAAGCUGGUGUGUUUUCUCUUACUGUCAUGAAAACAGUAACCUUCAGAAAACCAUUGUGUAAAUUUUAAACCAGGUAUUUUAUUCAUUUUAAUAAAUCUAGGUGGUCCUGAAAUGAUGAAAUUUGAUUCUGUUUUGUUCCUUGAAAGAGGGUUGGUAUCUGGAAAGACAGUUUUGAAAUAUGCUUUAAGUGAUGUAAAGCAUACAGUGCUCCUCUCAUGCAUGUUCUUUUUUUCUGCAGGUUCCUUAACAUUUAUUAAUUGUGUUAAAAUGUAGCGGGGAGCCCUUGUACACCAUGUUUUCACAUAUGCAAAAGUUAUGGCUCUUAUCUUGGUGAUAUCUGUUGGCCUUUACAAAAUUGGUAAAGGAGAAACAGAAAACCUGGGAGCUCCAUUCAAGGGCUCUGCAACUAACCCAAAGAUGAUCACGCUGGCUCUCUACUCUGCCGCCUUCUCCCAUGCGGGACGGGACAUGCUCAACUAUGUCACUGAGCAGAUGCAGGAUCCCGAGAGGAAUAUUGCAAUUUCAAUGUCUGUUGUGACUAUUAUUUACUUGUUGACUAAUAUAGCAUACCGUGUAGUGGACUUGUCAAGUCUCCUCACAACUGAUGCACUGGCUCUGGUGUUUGGCAGUGAAACCCUUAGUUGUGCUAACUGGAUAAUUCCUAUAGCAGUGGCCAUGUAUUGCUGUAGUGGCUUAAACUCAUCAAUGAUUACAGCAGCAAGGCCUUUUUAUGUUGGAGCUAGGGAAGGACACCUUCCUGACAGUCUGAGCUUGGUUCGUAUAAAGUGCCACACACCAGCCCCUGCUCUCGCCUUCGGUGUAAGUGACAGCCUGGCCCCGUGCCUGGCCGGGGCAGCCGAGGAUCUGUACCUGGGCAGUCUAACACCUCACCUCUGCCUGGUGUUUCUCCUGGGCUUCUCCUGCACUGCAGAAAUCUUCCUCAAAUGCCCACAACUUAAAAAACUCAUUCAGGGUGGUGGUGGUGUUUGCCUCAUGAGGGGUUUUUUUUCAGUGGAAAGAGAACGGCUUAGUUCACACUCGUGCUCUCUCAAUAAGAUUAGUGAGGAAUAAAUGCAAUAGUAUUACUUAGAAAACAGAGAAUGGCUACACGUGUAACAAUAGAGACAGGAGUUAUUUAAGUCUUUAUGUGAAUUUUCAGAGUGUCACUGGAGAAGCACAUGGCAGGAACAUGUCUCAAACCCUGCUGUAGGCUGAUGUUGCGGGACUCUUCUUAGGAGUGAAAAAGCAACCAAAAUUAAAUUUUCACCAUUGGAUGCCUAUAGCCAUAUUGAUUUCUUCCUGCUGUCACUAUACAAAUGAAUCUUGUGACACAAACCUGAAGAACCAUGACGUAUACAAUUGGUGCAAAUUAUUUUAAUAAAUAAUCCUUAAAUCUAACAGAUUAUAAAAUAAGGGGGAGGAUAUGCACAAAAAAAGAAGGUGAAAUCAUUCAGAAGCAUUUGACUGCUGUUUAUUUUAUUUGGUCUCUUCUGUUGCCCUGUGUUACACAUGGUUUGUGAAUAGAUUAUCAUACCAGUCCUGUUUGACAUCAGGUAAUUUACUAAAAGAUCUAAUCUCAGUACGAACACCUUUCUCAGAGGGAUUCUGUUUGCACCAGUAAGAUGAGCUAUACUGCCUUAAUACACCACCAUUCACAUUUUUCAAAGUGGAAUUUUUUUCUGCUCCUCUGUUAAAAGAGACAUUAAAUUCCUGGUGUUUUAGGUCUUUCCAUGCAGGCAGUAUAGCAUACUUGCAUAAUAGCCAAUUUACUCUAAUAGUCUCAAAGAUGAGUGGGCUGUGAGAGCCUCCAACGGUGAAACUAAAUUAAAAGUUUGCUUUGAAACUGAAGCCAACCAGAACAGCAGAGUAAGCAGCUGCCUGAGAAAGCUUCUUGGCAACUUCUCCAUAGUGCAGCAGAGUCUGGGGCUCCUCAUCUGGCCACUUUAGGCGGGUUUUCUGCUGGUGCUGAAACAACAAGUCUGACACCUCUUCAGCCAAAUGUGGUGGUCUCAUUGCUGUUUAAGGAAGAGAUACCAGCAUGUUUCACGUAGAAUAUUUGCAGAUUUCUCAGAGUUUUAAGUACAUCCUUCUUGCAAGGACUUAAUCUCCUAAAUCCAGACAAAUAUAUUGGAAACAGGCCAUAUUAUAACUUUACUACCUCUUUAUUUUUGCAUUAAGAAGCCUUUGUUUUUAUUAUCUCUAGGGCUUAAUAACUUUUCUUUAUCUCCUUGUGGAAAAUGUUUUCUUCCUCAUUCAUUACUACUGCUUCAACUACUGGAGCUGUGUGGGUCUGUCUGUUGCAGGACUAAUGUAUUUGAGAUAUAUGCAGCCACAUAGACCACAGCCUCUUAAAGUAAGUAAACGAGAGGAAACAAGCCCUAAAAGCCAUCAUAUGUAUGUGUUUAUGUGAUACUUAAUACCACAACCAUAACAUUGCCAGUUAUGUUAUAGACUAUUUAUCAGCCACAGAUAUCCUUUCAACAUACAAGGUAAGAAUCGAAGGAGCAAACCCAUUUGAGUUUCCACAAGACUAUUCUGGUACUGUUGCUGUGACGUUGAAAUUCUAUUUACCAUUUCUUUUUCCUUUCAUUCAACCUUAUAACUAUUUUUAUUUCAAAAUAGAUGAGGAAUAAAUAAAUGUCUGGGUUUCUUAUUUCAUCCUGGAACAACCCCCUUUUGUAUUGUUCACAGCAGACCUCAGCAGAGCUAGUGACGGGGGCUCCAGAGAGCUUCGCACUGCUCAAACUUACAUGACUUAACAAAUUCAGCAAAAUUCCUCCAAAACCCAUAAAUGCCCAAAAUUUUGCUCAUGCAAAAGUUCAAAAGCUUGAAUAAUCAAAUAUAUUUUGAUUGUUCCCUCCCACUGCAUAGUGGUCAUAGACAAUAAAAUGCAAGUUUAUUGACUGACUGUAGAAGAACAUCUGGCUAUCAGUUAGGACACUGCACAAAAAAAAAAGCAUGGCUAAAACUUUUUUCUAGUUUUAGUCCAGUGAUUGUCCAAGAAGCAGGGGUGGAAACACACAGCUUCGCCCAGGCACACAGAACCACAUGCUGGCUCCCGUUUCGCUGCACUCUGUUGGUUCUGUGACCUGCAUUUUCAUUCUGCAGUGCUGCAGUAAAAAUUACGAGAAAUCCAAAUAAACACUCAAUCUAAAUAUUUAAAUAUUUCUUCCUUGUGGCUCUCUCUUCCUAACCUUCUGCACAAUUUUUAGCCACACAUUUUUUUUUUUUCCAUUUAAGUGUAACAUCCUGAUUACAAAAACCACAUGGUUCAAACAAAGGCAUAAAAUAUGCUAAGCACCUAUUGCUAGCAAACUUUGCAGUCUCCUAGAGCAGACCAAAUCUUCCUGAAGCAUGUUCACACUUCAUUUCCAAACAUUCCCCCCAAAUAUUUGGAAGAUAAAGAUUAAAUCUUGCCUUAUUGGCAGUUUUGCUACUGACUCUAUUAAAGCCAGGAUUACAAUCAGAUUAUAGAUAAUGACUGUUUAAUCCCUAUCAGCAUUUGCCAGUUUAGUCAACGUCACAGCUCUGCAUGUGCUUUUUCCUUCUCUGAAAUGUAGCAGUUGGUUUUCAUCAAUUUACAGUUUUAAUCCUUAUAAGAAAAAAGAAAUGUUUAUACCAGUACCUCUCAGUAUUCAAAUGUCAGCUCCUGGACUUCUGAAAAAGCUCAUUACCAUAGCCGGUGACAAAUAUUUUAGUGAAAAAUAAACCCAUAAAGGAGUUGUUACAAAUUUCCUUAUUUGUGGUAUAUUUGUUAAGUAUCCAGGCAAAAUGGUUGUAAACCAGUCCGUUAGUUCUGUAGCAUCAACAUGGUAAUUGAAAAUCUAGUUGAGUUAGUUCCCAAUCAAAAUAGCUAUUAAAAAUCUGCAAUUUAAGUUAGAGGGAAAACUACCCAUUACUGCUUAGUUUUAAAGCACUGCUUUUGAAGAUUGAUCUCUUAUUAAUUGGAAAGGAGUUGAGCUUGUGCAGGCCUGAAAACAACAAAAUGAUGAGAUACUCAGGUGUGUGCCAAAUCAGAGUCUCCCAGCAGCAUACACAGAAGCUAGCAAACUGUACUGACUGUAGGAAGUCAAAAGGUUCAGUACGUAGCAGUCAUGCAGUCAAUAGCUGUAUUUUUAUUAUCGACAUGUCUAACUUUAAUCUGCAAAACAUCUGUACAAUAUUUACUGCAUCUUUUAAUAAAUAUAGGAAUACUUUUUGUCUCCACAGGUUAACCUCUUCUUCCCUAUAUACUGUUUAUGUUCCCUUUUCCUAGUGAUAGUUCCUCUCUACAGCAACACAAUCAAUUCCCUUGUUAUCGUUGGUAUUACCCUUUCAGGCAUCCCUGCACAUUAUUUGGGAGUCUGUCUUUCAGUUGAAAAAUUACCUAAACAUCUACAGCGGCCCUCUGGUAAGCAAUGUCAUCUUGUCCUAGUCAGUCUCCUAAAUCCUUGAAUGCUUGGUCAGAAGAAAGGAAGAAAAAUUUUUCCUAGAAUUCUUUUUCUUUAUGGAGUCUUGCUAUGCUUUUGUAAAUGGCAUAUCUGAGAUCAUCUGCUUCACCACAUGGUCCUGAAAACAAAACCACACAUACCUGUACAAAACAGUCCAGUAUGUGGAUAUGAUGCUAGUUUGGUGUUAUCCCACAUUCAUUACCCUUCUGCAGAAAAGUUAUUUUCAACAAAUUAUGCCACUGUAACUGAAGUGCUUUCACUUUCCAGCAGAACAACCUGUUGUGGAGCACUGUAAGGGACUGAGUUGUGUUCCAGCUAGCAUAUAUUCAGGGAAAACAUGUUUUCAUAGUGUCCAUUGCCUGCCUAGUAGUAUCAAAGGUGUGACCCCAUGAAUCACACUGAUUUUUUUCUACAGUGGAAAUUAUUUAAGGAAUUCACAAGGAGAAAUUAAACCCUGCUGUCUACAAAAUCCCUUGAGCCCCUGCCCAACCCUUUGGCCUCGACAGUUCCUGCUGGCAAGGUAACCUUCAGGUCUCCUGAGCACGCAGAGAGCCUCCAGCACUGGCUGCCUGGUCCUCAUGUUACACAGGUGGCUGUUGCAUGAUACCCAGCGCAGGCAUGUGUGGACAAGUGCACAGACUGGACAAGUGCCCCUGUCAGUGGGUGCCAUGAAAGAAAAGAGAAGAACGGGGAUAGUUCUCUUGAAGUUUUUCAGUGUGGCACAUAGGAAUGUGCAAUUAGCCCUAAUUCUUAGUCUCCCAAAAUGAAAGACACAAUAACUGCCAUUAAAAAAAAGCCAUCAGCCUUGCAACCUGGACCAUAAAAACAGUCACUCCAGCUCUAAUAUGGUUUGUUGAUAUGUAGCGCCAUUUGUUAUCCUUGUCGGCAAGUUGUAAUUCCUUUCUGUAAUUGUAUUUCAAUAUAACAUACAUUGUUUCUAAUUUGCGUUUCAUCAUUCCUAUUCAAUUAGCCCCAAUAAAGGUAAUUUAAUCUUAUACAAGUCCCUGUAGUUUCUAGCAUUAUUGUCUUUUUAUUGAUGUCUUCCCAGAAAAAGAGCAAUGGAAUAGGCAAUCAUUGCUACUUAAACCUUUCUUUAUUCCCUCCCCACAUUUUAAAGAAGUCAUUUACAGGACUGUAAUUUUGUGCAUCUCCAAUACAGUGUUUGCUGAUAGGGCUCCUGUGAAACCUACUAUUUGCAUUUCAAUGCCAUCUGCUGUGGCAGUUUCCUUUCAGCGGGAUUUUCUUUUGAUGCAAAGUAUAAACAAUAAAAACACACUACAUUAAGUUAAAGACGAAGAUAUUAGAGAUGCAUGUUUUGCUUUUGGGAAGCCACUGCUUUUGAGCACUAAAAUCCUUUAAGUACCACAAUCACAAAACACAAAGAGGAAAGAAGACCUAUGGCAUACUUUAGUUUGCCCAGCUCAGAACAUCCCCAUGUCCUCUUCACACACACAACACAUGCCUCUGUUACAGUAUAGCACCCUCUGAUCCUGCUCUACCGUUGUGUGGAAAUACUGCAUUUUGGCCCCAUCUCUUGCCAAGCAGUGGUUAACAACAGAGGCACAGUCCCAGACUGUAUCAGGGCACAAAAAAAGUACAAACCCUACAAGUCAGUAUCAAACCAAACAUGACAGGCUUUGCCUCCACAGAGCUCAAAGUCAUGCUUGGUGCUGAGCUACAUGUCCCACCAAGACAGCACUAUACCAUCAUCCAAAGUUUUCCUUGCAGAACCAAAGUUCCUAAGUGAUUUGAAAUACCUGAGGUGACACCUCAGGUGAUACCAGCUGGCAGGUGCUAUGGGGAGUGUAAUAAGGGCUGCAGACUAAGGCCAUUUGCAUCAAGAAUUUGGAGCUGAGAAACUUCUUUCUUUGUUAGUUUUGUUUUGUUUUGUUUUCCCAAAAUCUCUUUUUGCAUGAAUCUGUUCACUUUCUGGGUAUGAUGCACAAGCCUUCAUUUUCUUUCUUUCUGGACAGUAGGAAAGUAGUAGUCAGGUGCAAGGUUAUGAAUGUGAUUAAUGUUAUUAAAAUUCUCUAUGGACAUAGGAAUCCCAGAAAUUUUAAUGUCUGAUGUUUUUUCAUCUCUUACAAAUUAUACAUGUAAGUCUAUUGUCAAAUAACUAAAGCAACUCAUAGACGCUGAAGUGUUUUAAAUAAA